AUGUCCUCUUUUUCACAGAUAACACCUGCUCAGAUUCUUCAGUUCAACUUGAACGAAUCCGCCUUGGAUUUAUUAAAUGCUGCUAUUGCCAGUCAUCAAGAGAAUAUUCAAAGUACGAAUAUCAAUGCUGAUCCAUCGAAUAUGAAUAGAUCACUUCCUGCAACUAUACCACACUCAAACAGUCAUAAGCUCACAGAAGUGUUAAAUACAUCAAUAUCAUCUACUUUAUCUGCGAACAAUAAUAGUCAGAAAGAGCCAUUAACCACAACGAAUAACACCAGCAAUGAUGCAACGAAUGCUAUAAAUAAUCAUGUUAAACGAGAACUUGAAAAAGAUGAACAGACACCAACAGCGCCCAAACGUGCUGGCAGGAAACCCAUUGAAAAGACUUUACCGUCUGAUGUACCUCCUGACCCUAAACAAAAACGAAAAGCACAAAACAGAGCUGCUCAACGUGCUUUCAGAGAUAGAAAAGAAAAACAUGUAGCUGAAUUGCAGGCUCGUAUUGCUGAGCUUGAAGCUCAUGCGACAAAGACCGAAGACUUAGUGAAAGAAAAUCAACAGCUGAGGGAGCAACUGCAAAAGCUGCAGGAAGAGAAUUAUGCUCUCAAAGGAGUCCAAUUUACUUUUGAGUUUCCUGUUCCAAACGCCAACAAUUCCAGUCUUCCUGCCGUAUCUGCUAUGUCAUCUAAUGAAAACCCUUCGAAGAGUCAUUCUAUGGAUAGUCACUCCUCAAGACAUAAUAGUAUGAACUCAACCUAUAGUUCUUGUAAUAGCACAUACAACAACCUAUACAGUGCCCCUGAAGAAACAAGCUCUCCAUCCUCUUUCGAAAAUUCGCCUAGAUCAUCCAAUUCACAUAUUCAGGAAGACGACUCUUCAGCCGAGACACCCAAUUCACUAUUCACAGCAGAUCCAAUUCAGUUUGGCCUUUUCUCGUCUUCAACAGCACCACCACAAACCACAAAUAAGCAUCCACAUGGCAAUAAUAGUAAAAGUGACAUCAAUAGCAACAGCAACUUUAAUUUCAUGGCAGUAGCAGACUCGUUCGUUGGUUUUGGCAAUCCCUCUAACCCUUUUGAUGUGAAUACCAGCAAUAUGUUUCCUGCAACAAAUGAUCUUUUCCAUGGCAAAGAUGAUUUGGUCUCACAUUAUCGACUGCCCACCACCAAUAAUAACGCCACCAACACUACAUCAUUCCUUGAUGAUACUAAUCAGUUAUCUACAGCUGCCAUUGAUGACUUCUUGUUGAACAAUGGAGACUUAGCCCUUCUCUUUGGCCCCAAUGAUGAUCUAUUUGACAUGAACAACAGUACUUCUGUCACUGCUGUCACUAAUAGCAUGAAUGCACAAUUCGGUUUGCCAGCUUUGCCAACAACAACGCCUGCAACUGCAGCAGCAACAACUGCAACAACAGCAAAUGUAAAGAAACUGCCAUUGUCACAUUUGACACCGGAAAUGAAAAAGAACAUUAUUGAAAGAUUGCGAGAAAGUCAACGACAAGGCAAACAUCUCCAACAAGUGCAUAAAGAAAUAUGCCCUGAUUUUGAUUUGGAUGGUUUAUGUGAGGAUAUUAAGAGAAAAGUAACCUGUACAGAAAUGCAGCAUCCCAUUACAGAUCAUAUCGUUGAUGUCUACACCAAGAUAUUAGAUAGAGUCUAA